GGCUUCGCAAUGGCGGCGUGAAGACCCUGAGGAAACGCUGAGGGGCGCGACCGGCCCGGCCCGGCCCGGCCGCCCGGAGUUGCCCCCGUGCCCUCCCUUCCCGUACCUGCCGCGUGCCGCUCACAGCCCGCCCGCUGCGGAGCGCUGACGGCGCGCGGCUCCUCUGCGCUCCCCGGCCGGCGGCUCCCGGCAAAUGGCGGCUCCGGUGUUCGCUCCUCGCCAGCCGCGUGAGAAGCCCUCAGGGCUCGCUCUCCGUCAGGCCUCCGUUGCCGGCUGGAAAAAGCCCGCUGGACCGGUGCCGAUGGAUGCGAUCCUGAACUGCAACCCGGAGGACCUGGAGGAUUACUACAACUUGCUGGGAUGCGAUGAGCUAGCGACGGUUGAACAAAUUCUUGCAGAAUAUAAGAUUAAAGCCCUUGAAUGUCAUCCUGACAAGCAUCCUGGAAACCCCAAAGCAGUGGAGAAUUUCCAGAAGCUGCAGCAAGCCAAGGAGACUCUCACUAAUGAAGAAAGCCGGGCACGCUAUGAUUACUGGCGCCGAAGCAAAGUCACCAUCCCCUUCCAGCAGUGGGAGGCCCUGAGCAGCUCUGUGAAAACGUCAAUGCACUGGGCUGUCCAAGGUAAGAAGGACCAAAUGCUGGAAGCUCCUGACUUUGGUAAUACCAACAACAUAACUAAUGAGAUGUGGACCCAACAGACUGAAAACAAUGAAGAUGGAUUGUUGGAAGGGAGCAGGGAGCAAGAAGAUGUUGCAAUUCCUGAUGUGAAACCACAGUCUUCAAAGAAUCCAGAGUCCCCAAGGUUUUCAGAGGGGAAUUACUGGCACUUGCGUUUCCGCUGGUCGGGUGAUGCUCCAUCAGACCUCCUGAGGAAAUUCAGAAACUAUGAGAUCUAAAACGAGAAACACACAAGAGCAUGAGAUCAUCUGUUCAACAGUUCAGUAUUUUUUUUUGCUAGCAGUUAUAAGUUAUUUGUAUUUUGUAUUUUUUGAUUGUAGUGUGUUGUUCCAGUCAAUGUCUAAAUACUGAUUUAUCACACAUGCUGUGAGCAUUACAGAUGGAAGUUUUUCUGUUUAAUAAGCAAAGCCCUUUUCAGUAUUAACAUAAAGUGAUUUUGUGAAAUUAUUUAACAUCUUAUAUAUUGUUUCCUGUAUUCUCAAAUAUUUUGUAGUGAUUAAUAUUUCUCUCAAUAGUGUGAUGUUAUAAAAAAUAUACUCUCAGUAGAACCCUGGACUCCAGGGUAUCCUAUUCAGCAAGGAUCUUUCAAAAGCUGUAUGACAAUGAACUGUAAACAGAACUGUGCUUAUCUCUCAACACUGUGUUCUGCUUCACUUCUCCAUUGCAUUGUACUCACUGCAGUGAUUUAUAAUGUACUCAUUACAAACUUAACUUGUAGGAGAAUUGUGAUCUUAUGCUAUAGAUGAAAUAAGAAGGUUAUUUGUGAAGAAGGAUCUGUGACAGAUCAAGCGCUCCUUAAAAUCACUUGUUUACUACCUUAACAAGAACACUUUUUGCACCAGCUAUUUAUUUUGUAAGGCAGUUCCAGAACUUUACUUCUCCAGAUAGCAAUUUUUGUUUUAAGAUGUAUUGGUGGAAAACUGAUCCCCUGUGUAUGUGUGCCAGCAUUUUCCUGUGGCUUCAUAGUAAUUUCCCUCCUUGCUCAGGUGUGCUAGACAUGGUUUUAUCAGGGUUUUGUACAGGGAGGAAUGAAAAAUAAGACUAGUCAGCACUAAUGUGUACAAAAUCUCAUAUGAAAAGUUUUUGAUACCUUGGGCAACUUUUCAAAUUCCACAUUGUUGUUUAUUUGUGUUUGUUUUCUUCUUUGCAAACAUGGCUAAUAUGUCAGGUAAUUGACAGUGUGGUUUUGUGCAGGCAGAUAAUUCCAUCAGCAGCAAAUAAAACUGCAUGCAUACAGAAAA